UAAAUUUAGUAAGCAGGUUAUUGUAAAUAUAGAUGUUGUAAUUGGUAGAUGUAUAAUAAUUGUAUUAUAAUAUGUAAAAUAUUUUAAUUUAAUAAUUAAUGAUAAUUUUUUUUAAUUUAUUGUGUGUACCAUAUUUGUGAUUUAAUAAUUGACUGUAAAUUAUUAUUCAUGUUUUUAGAAAAUGCUGAGUCUUCAAAUUCAAGACAUUCCAUUUUGAACUCUCCUAUUGGAAAAAUAGUUGUUGAAGAUAAUGACCGGAACUUUUCUUAUUCACAUUCAAAUAAUAAAAACAAUAAACUUAAGUUUUCUUCUGCAAAAAGGACCAUAUUUGAUACAAUUGAAACUGAUGAGAUAUUUAACCAAGAAAACUCUGAGUCUUCAAAUACAAGACAUUCCAUAUUGUACUCUCCUAUUGGAAAAAUAGUUGUGGGAGAUAAUGACCAGAACUUUUGUUAUUCACAUUCAAAAUCAGUAUCAAAUGUUAAAAACAGUAAUACACCUAUGUUUUAUUCUGCAAAAACUAAUAAUACUGCAGACAAAUUGAUGCCCAAUUGUGAUUUUCAAACAUUUGUGAUAAAUGCACUAUCAAAAAUGAAAUAUGACAUUUCUGGCAUUAAUUCAAAGACAAACGCUACACAUAUUCUUUUAAAUUCUUUUGUAACAAAUUCUGGGAAUUCCAGUAUUCAAGAACAGCUGAACAAUAAUCAAAUAGGCCAAACUUCAGAAUAUUACAAUUUAUUUCCCAUUCAAACUGAAGAAGAUCUUCAGACUGCAGAGAGUAGAAUUCUUGAUAAGAAUAUAAGAUCUAAUUUGGUACUUCAAUUGUCAUUGUUAGUUGGUAUUAAAGAUGUUGGAGAUAGCGUUCGUAGAUUAAUGAUUAAAAUGUUCUCAGAUGAAGUCCUAACUUUAUACUCCUUAUUAGGAUUCAAAAAAAAAAAGAAUUUUUCCAAACUCGGAUGCUAUACUUUAUUGAUAGGUAAGUUUAAUGCGUUACGAGUACAUUCAAAAUUUAAAGAUGUUAUCAACAAGGAUUUUGAUAAACCUCUUGCUACAUGGAUAGCGCAUGCAUCAUUUCGAUUAAAAUCAAAUAAAGCUUAA